AUGGUAAGAUACUUCCCCAACAACAAUGACCAGAUUCUCCUGCCAGUCCAUCUCGGGUUCUGGCCGGAGAAUCCAGACACAGGCGGCCAGGUCAGCACUCGAGCCUUCUCAGCCAGACUUCCAGUGGUGUGCCGGCAGAUUCACAGUAAGCAACCAUUUGGAAUGUUCAGAGGCGAAAAUGCUAUGAACUAUGCAUUUUCAACUUUUUUGCUUGAAGCAGUUAUUAUAAUUCUUUUCAUCAAAACCACUUGCUUCCUCCUACGACCUCUACGUCAACCACGUAUCGUCUGCGAGAUCAUUGGUGGAAUGAUGGUAGGACCGUCGAUGCUAGGAGGAAGCAGAAACUUCAACUACUACGUGUUCCCACCUAUUUCGAACUACAUAUGUGCAAACUUGGGACUAAUGGGCUUCUUUUACUUCUUCUUCAUCACUGCAGCCAAGACCGAUGUUACAUCCGUUGCAAAGUCCCCAAGAAAGCACAAGUACAUUGCUGCAAUAGGUGUUGUAAUCCCUGCGUUUUGCGUUGGGGUCACAGGGAUGGCCAUGCGUCACAAAAUGGAUAAAAACAUGAGGAAGAUAUCGUCCAUUGGAGCUAUUGCGUUUGGGUUAGCUUUCAGUUCUUUCCCUGUCAUCUACACCAUCUUAAGAGGCAUGAACCUUGUCAACUCCGAGGUGGGGAAGUUCGCCAUGUCGGUGGCUCUUCUUGGAGACAUGGCAGCGAUCCUGGUGCUUACUUUUUUCGAAGCCAUGAUGCAUGGUGACGGAGGAGGAGCCAUGGCUAUCGUUUGGUACCUUGUAUCGGUUGUGAUCUUCAGUGGUUUUAUGCUUUUGGUUGUGAGAGGAGCUCUUGAGUGGGUGGUUGCACAAACUCCAGAGGGGAAACUCGUGGACCAAAACUAUAUAGUGAUGAUUCUCAUGGGUGUUCUUGUCGCUUGUUUCCUCACGGACAUGCUUGGUUUGUCUAUAGGCGUGGGACCCAUUUGGCUAGGGUUGGUUGUCCCUCACGGUCCACCUCUAGGUUCCACGUUGGCUAUUAGGAGCGAGACUUUCAUUCAUGAGUUCCUGAUGCCUUUCUCCUUUGGUUUGGUGGGUUUGAACACUAAUGUUUACUUACUUACCAACGAUAUUUGGGACCAAGAGCUCUCUCCCCUCGUCUACAUGGUCAUCGUUGGAUUCAUCACUAAGUUCAUCGCCGUCGUUGCUGCUGCUGUCUUCUUUAAAGUCCCUACUAGAGACAGUCUCACUCUCGGUCUCAUGAUGAACUUGAGAGGCCAGAUUGAUAUGUUACUCUACUUGCAUUGGAUAGACAAACGUAUCGUCGGUUUAGCCGGUUUCACUGUUUUGGUUUUGCAAACGCUUGUGAUUACCGGUAUAUCAACGCCUCUUAUCAGCUUCCUUUACGAUCCAAACCGUCCUUACAGGAUCGUCAAGCACCGCACCAUCCAGCACACUCCACCGUCAACCGAGAUGGGUUUGGUUCUCGCCGUGUCUGACUACGAAGCAUUGCCCGGUUUAAUCACGUUCCUUGACCUAGCUUACCCCACCACAAGUAGCCCUUUUGCUAUAUACGCUAUCCAGUUAGUGGAACUCAUGGGACGAGCUUCACCGGUUUUUAUAGAAGAGAAAGACGUUGAGGAGGAGGAGGAAGAAGAGCAUCAUGAACGUAUCCGAAGCAGACGUGUUGACAAGGUGCAAAGCGCCUUUAGGUUGUACCAAGAGAAUAGAGAUGAAUGCGUAACGCUUCACGCCUACACUGCUCAUGCUCCAAAGCGUCUAAUGUACCAAGACAUUUGCGAGCUAGCGUUGACCAAGAAAACAGCUUUCAUUCUCUUGCCUUAUCAGAAAGAGCGUCUCGACGAUGCUGCACCUACAGAGCUACGUAGCUCCGGGAUGUUGUCCGUGAACGCGGAUGUCUUGGCGCACACGCCAUGCUCGGUUUGUAUUUACUACGACAAGGGACGGCUUAGAAACGCGGUGUUUCGGUCCUUGGAUGACCAGCAACGUUCAAAUUCUUUGAGCCGUGUGAGACAAGAAACGUACCGUUUUGUUGUUCUGUUCCUAGGAGGGGCUGAUAACAGAGAAGCUCUCCAUCUAGCCGAUAGGAUGACUGUGAACCCGGACAUAACCUUGACGGUGAUCAGGUUUUUAGCGUUCAACCACGAAGGAGAGGACGAGAAGGAGAAGAAGCUGGACGAUGGGGUGGUGACGUGGUUUUGGGUCAAGAACGAAGGUAAAGAUAGGGUUAGUUACAAGGAGGUUGUGGUCAAGAACGGUGCGGAGACUUUAGCUGCGAUUCAAGCGAUGAACGUCAACGACUACGAUCUGUGGAUAACGGGGAAGAGAGAAGGAAUCAAUCCGAAGAUUUUAGAAGGGCUUUCGGAGUGGAGCGAGAACCACCAGCUUGGAGUGAUAGGAGAAACUGUGGCUGGGAGUAUAUUUGCGUCGGAUGGUUCGGUGUUAGUGGUGCAGCAACAGGUGAGGAACCGUAAGGGUGGUGACGCUUUCUUGAAUGGCAAGUUUGAUUAUAAGAGUUUAGUGUCUUCUUGGUCGUGUUAUAGAUGA